GCCAUGGCUAUGGCAGCUAAAAACGGUCACCUGGAGUUGGUCAAGUGGCUUCAUGAUAAUCGGCCGGAGGGUUGCAAGAGAAGUACACUACAAUAUUGUGCCGCUGGUGGCCACCUAGACAUUGCGAAGUGGCUGAUUCAUGCAAGUCGUCCAGUGGUUGCACGAAAUACUCAUCGCUGCACCGUGUACGCCAUGGAUUGGGCUGCUGGCAACGGGCACCUUGAGAUAACGCAGUGGCUCCAUGCCAACUAUACGGAAGGGUGGACCUCGUCAGCCAUGGCUAUGGCAGCUAAAAACGGUCACCUGGAGUUGGUCAAGUGGCUUCAUGAUAAUCGGCCGGAGGGUUGCAAGAGAAGUACACUACAAUAUUGUGCCGCUGGUGGCCACCUAGACAUUGCGAAGUGGCUGUACGCCAACCGGAGCGAAGCUUUCACCUUUUCUUCUUCCGAAUAUAGCAGAGGUAUGGACGAUGCUGCUGCACUCGACCACUUGGAUGUUGUGCAGUGGUUGCACGAAAACUGCGACGAAGGAUGGACUACAACAGCCAUGGAUAAUGCAGCUGAAAAUGGCCACCUUGAUGUCGUCAAGUGGCUGCAUGAGCACCGUCGAGAGGGGUGCACAACCUAUGCGAUGAAUGCCGCAGCUUCGGAGGGGCACUUGGAGGUAGUGAAAUGGUUGCACUCCAACCGAGAUGAGGGCUGCACUAUGGGUGCAGUGGAUUGGGCAGCUGAAAACGGUGAAUGGGAGGUGGUCAAGUGGCUGUGCCAGUUCCGCACGGAGGGGUAUUUCGACCACGAUGGAACCAUGGACGCGGCUGCUGCCCGUGGUCACCUGGAUGUGGUAGAGUGGUUUCACGGCAACCGCGACGAAGGCUGUACUACAAAAGCCAUGGACAGAGCGGCCGGGAACGGGCAUCUGGAAGUGGUGGAGUGGCUGCACGAACACCGUCAGGAAGGGUGCACUGCUCAUGCAAUGGACGCUGCAGCUACAAACGGGCACUUGGAAGUGGUGAAAUGGCUACAUGCCAAUCGAGAUGAGGGCUGCACUACGAGAGCAAUGGAUGGAGCAGCUUUGAGAAAUAAUCUCAAGAUGGUCAAGUGGCUGUGCCAGAAUCGCACCGAGGGAUGUACUAGCGAGGCGAUCGAA